AUGUCGUCCGAUGAUAUCGCCUAUCAUUACGAACACGAUGGUUUUAUUAUUAUUCCUGAUUUAAUUGAUGGUGAAGAAUGUGAAAAGCUUAAAAUUGAAGCUCAAAAACUUUUAAAAGAAAAAGCACAUCCUGAUGCAUCUGUUUAUGUACAUGCAUCCGUGACGAGUCCAAUCUGUGAAGAAUAUCAUAAAGAUCCUCGCCUGGUGAAUAUUUUGAAGAAGAUCAUGCCAGAUGGCAUUAUGUUUUUAAGCGACAAGAUCGUUGUUAAAACAUCUGAGAAAACAUUUGCAACACCAUGGCAUAUUGAUUGUUUUUAUUGGCCAAAUACACGUCCAAAACUUUCGGUUUGGAUUGCUUUAGAUGAUGCAAACGCUGACAAUGGUACACUAACGGUUGUUCGUGGUAGUCACAAAAAGGAUUGGAAAAUGAUAAAUAAAGCUUUACCAAAUGGAGAAUUUAUCUAUCGAAUAUCUGAUGAGGAUAUCAAUAAUGAUGAUGUAGUUAUAUGCGCUGUCAAGCGUGGUACUGCAAUCUUCUUUCCAGAUACACUCGUACAUGGCUCAACAUCAAAUAUCGCACAAAAAGAUCGUUAUACAAUUAUAAGUACUUAUCAUGCACCUGCAAAUGAUGAGAAAUUUGAUUUUGAUUUUCCUGCGCGUGAAACACUUGUUCCAACAAAUUAA